AGCCAUUUCAAUGUUUGUGGUUUGAAUUUCUGAAUUAAUUUCGAAGUCGUCUCAUCAGCUAUCGGAGUCUUGGAGAGUAUGAACACUCAGAAAAGCCAACCUGAAAAGCAGACUUCAUCUGCUACAACUGCCCCACCGGUUACUUCAUGUCGAAAGAAGAAGAAUGAGGAAUCUGCUUUCUUGGAAGAUUUGAAGGAUCACAUUGACGAGUUUAUUCAUGCUUCCAUGGACGAACACAAAACUUGCUUCCAGAAAACAAUUCAAAAGAUGUUUGGUUUGUCCAAGGCAGUUGCUGAAGUGCACUCCAAUGCCGCAAAAGAAGUUGAAAGUUCUCUGCCUCUUCAGACGACUGUACAAGACUAGAUUUCUUGUUUUUGAACCACUAACUGGGUUUCAACUGAGUCAGGUGGUCAUGCCUUAUAUUAAGAUUUAAAUAAAUAGAGAGAAGCUGUUUGGAACAAAAUUUUGUUUGUAAAAAAUUCAUCAAGAGUCUAUCUUUCCUAGUAAGACAAUACUAAGGUAAAGUACCUUAGGUUUUUUUCGUACUAUUUUUCAAUCAUAAUUAGAGUUUCACUUCGGUACUUCGCGACAAUCUAAAAGCAGGUCUCUUAUCAAGACGAAAUUUUAAUUCU